AUGGGCUCGCAAACUCUUACGCAGACGGUGUCAGAAGUGGCCGAAGAGCACGGCCAGGCCAAGCUCACUGAUCCCACUCUGAUGGCCCUUCCGGCGGCGCCAGCUUUUCCUCUGGAGCAAAACGAGCUGCAGGAUCUGAUGGAAUACAAAAGAACACCGGAGGGCCAGUUAUCCACCGUAUCUCGGGUCAACGCACCUCGAGGGUCGCAUCUCUGCUAUGUGAGGACUCAGAUUUCUGUACCCGAAAGUACCUGGUCAUCGUUUCAGACCAGCAAGUCUAGCCAUGCCGAGUUCAACUCUGCGCUCGUGUAUAUGAAUCACUCCUGUGCUCCUACGGUGGAGCUGGAGGUCUUUGCACCUGACUCUCGUGGCGAGUAUCCCAACGGUGUAUCGGGCGAGCUGCGGGUCGUCCAAGAUCGAGACUUGCGUGUUGGAGAUGAGUUGACUUGGUUUUACCCUUCGACCGAGUUCAUCAGUCCGCGGCCAUUCGAAUGUCUGUGUGGUGCCGGAAAGGAGCUGUGCAUUGGGACACAGCGUGGGUCUAAUUUCCUCUCUGAGGAAGUACUGAGUCGUUACUUUAUCAACAAUCAUGUCAGAGAACUGAGAGCUCAGAAGCGGGCCAAAAUGUAG